CGGGUCCCGCUCACGAGCACAGCCCCGGAGAGCGUGAAGGCGGCGCGCGCUGGCCGGAGAGGAGGAGAUGGGCAGAAGCUGAACAUGGCGGAUGGUGACAGCGGGAGUGAGCGCGGCGGUAGCAGCGGGGGGGGAGGCGGAGGAGGCUUCCAACACUUCCAGAGGGACCAGGAGACCCAGGAGCUGGCCUCCAAGCGCCUCGACAUCCAGAACAAACGAUUCUACCUGGACGUCAAGCAGAACAACAAGGGCCGCUUCAUUAAGAUCGCCGAGGUCGGGGCCGGGGGCUCCAAGAGUCGCCUGACCCUCUCCCUGUCAGUGGCCGCCGAGGUGCGCGACUACCUCGGGGACUUCAUCGAGCACUACGCCCAGCUGGGGCCCAGUAGUCCCGAACAGAUAGCCCAGGCUUCCGCCGGCGAGGACGGCGGGCCUCGACGAGCUCUGAAGAGCGAGUUUCUGGUUCGGGAGAACCGCAAGUACUACUUGGACUUGAAGGAGAACCAGCGGGGGAGGUUCCUGCGGAUUCGGCAGACCGUCAAUCGCGGGCCUGGCUUCGGCAUGGGCGGCCCAGUUGGCGGCAUGCUGGCCGGCCAGACCAUAGCUCUUCCGGCCCAGGGCUUGAUCGAGUUUCGAGACGCGCUGGCAAAGCUCAUCGACGACUACGGCGGCGACGACGACGAGCUGGCCGGGGGCAUGGCCGCUGGGGGGUUCGGCGAGCUCCCCGAGGGCACAUCCAUCAUGGUGGACUCCAAGCGCUUCUUCUUCGACGUGGGCUCCAACAAGUACGGCGUCUUCCUGCGAGUCAGCGAGGUGAAGCCCAGCUACCGGAACUCCAUCACGGUCCCCUUCAAGGCCUGGGCUAAAUUCGGCGGCGCCUUCAGCCGCUACGCCGAGGAGAUGAAGGAGAUCCAGGAGAGGCACCGGGACAAGAUGUACGAGAGGCGGGACGAGUCUGAGGGCGACGACGUGGAUGACGACUGACGACAAGAAGAACGUGCAUGAGUGUCAACAGCCUCCUCAUAGUGUUAAAUUGUGACUCAAAGUCAGAUACGCGACGUCACUCUUGAGGAGGACCCUCAUGAGGAGCAGCUGUCAAUCACAAAAAGGAUUACUCCAAAUGUUAGAGGAACUCAUUGAGAGGAUUAGUCAGCCCAAAUUAAAGCUGGGACUCUAGUCCGCACACACAUACUUAGCAAUAUUGUCACAGGAGCCUGGCGGAGGACGGAACGUUCCGGGUGUUCUGGGCCCCAAUUGUGUGGCCGGGGGCACGGGAGCAUGGCGUCGCAUUUCCCAUCAGCCUCUCUGCCUCACAGCGGACACGACGCAAGCCAACAACUCUCCAGACGCUGGACACAAACCUUUUUUUCUUUUCCAAAAGAGAACUAUAUUGACAUAAGAUUAUAGGAAAGAUAUUACAAACCAGCAAAAAAAGAUAUUUUCAAAUACUUAUAAAGGAAAAUGUAUUGUGGAAAGGAAUUUCAUUCGUUUGAAAAUAAAGGAAAUGUUAAUUUCUUCAAACAAAGUCACAUUAUU